GUCCUCACCAACCCCUCAGCCAAUCAAAAUAUUUUCCUUUGGCCUUUACCAACCAAACCCUCUCUCUCUAAGUUUCCCUUAUUUAUACUGUUUUUGUUAUUUGUUCUAUUCCCAACGCCCGGCGGCUAUGCUAACCACAAGACAACUACAAUAAACUUUAGUUUAGUUUGAUCAGCAAAUCUCUGCUCUUUUUCUUCCUCAAACAAGCAAAAAGAUGGGUGGAGAAGGAAAGGUCUAUACUUUGGCUGAGGUUUCUCAACACAACAAUGCUAAAGAUUGUUGGCUUGUCAUUGAGGGCAAGGUAGAACCUCUUUUUUGGGUCUUCAAUGUGACUAAAUUCUUGGAGGACCAUCCUGGUGGUGAUGAGGUCUUGUUGUCUGCCACAGGGAAGGAUGCAACUGAUGAUUUUGAGGAUGUUGGUCAUAGUAGCUCAGCUAGAGCAAUGAUGGAUGAGUUUUAUGUGGGUGACAUCGAUACAUCAACGAUCCCCACCAAGACAAAGUACACCCCUCCCAAGCAGCCUCACUAUGAUCAGGACAAGACCUCAGAAUUUGUUAUAAAGCUUCUCCAAUUCCUUGUUCCCUUGCUAAUCUUGGGAUUGGCCUUCGGCAUCCGCUUCUAUACCAAAUCACCAGCUUAAGCGUCAAGACCCCAAGAGAGAGUUGGAAAAAUCUUCACAAUAAGAUUAUGUUAGUUUAAAUUUGUUUGGAACUCUCACAUAUUGUCGGAUGGUUGGAUAUUUGCUUCUGAUUGAUUACAUAUAUGCUUGUUUGUCCAUCGACGAGUUGCCCCCUUUUAUCUGCAAGAUCUAAAGAUUGUUUUCUUUUUCCCUCUA